CUGAGGGAAAGCAGUGCACAUCACUGGCCAUGCAGCAGGAGGGACCAAUCAGCACACAAGCAAAAACUAUGCCGCAAGCACCAAUAGCAAAACACUGUGCACUGACUGAUAGAGAAAUGAAGUAACCAAUAGGGUCCUGCAUUACAUCUGAGCAUCACAGACCCUAUUACAUACAGCAGCUGGGGAUGUCAUGGGAAGGGAGCAGGAGGAAUGAGAUGUCUCAGGAAGCAGAAUAACAAGGCACAGUCUCUCAUCCCUGAUACUACAGACAUGCACAGAGAGUGACAGUGUUCCAUGGAUCUCUGCCACAAUGGCAGCUCUAUAUCAGAGCACCGACUCUUCCUCCCCAAAUACAUUUUUGGCACUAAAAGAUGUCAGAGAAGUAAAGGAAGAGACCACUUUGGAUGAGAAGCUCUUCUUGUUGGCCUGCGAGAAAGGUGACUAUUAUAUGGUUAAAAGGCUUUUGGAAGAAAACACCACAGAUGAAUUAAAUAUUAAUUCAGUCGAUGUCUUAGGGAGAAAUGCUAUUACAAUAUCCAUUGAAAAUGAGAACUUGGACAUACUACAGCUUCUUCUAGAUCAUGGCUGCCAGCGCUGCCAUUCAUGGGGUUGCGAGGGGUCUCCUAUACUGAGCCCCGAUGCUAUCAGGGCUCUAGAAUUCAAGUCUGAGGGGGAUUUGUCCACGGAUGCAUUGCUGGUGGCAAUUGACUCUGAAGUGGUGGGAGCUGUGGACAUCUUACUGAAUCAUCGUCCAAAAUGGUCCACAAGGCCAACUAUUGUGAAACUCAUGGAGCGUAUACAGAAUCCAGAGUAUUCCACAACCAUGGACGUGGCCCCUGUCAUUUUAGCUGCUCACAGAAACAACUAUGAGAUCCUUACAAUGCUUUUGAAACAAGACGUGUCUCUCCCUAAGCCUCAUGCAGUGGGCUGUGAGUGUACCCUGUGUACAGCCAAGAACAAGAAAGACAGCCUAAGACAUUCCAGGUUUCGUCUUGAUAUUUACCGAUGUUUGGCCAGUCCAGCCCUUAUAAUGUUAACAGAAGAGGAUCCUAUUCUGCGGGCCUUUGAACUCAGUGCAGAUUUGAAGGAACUUAGUCUUGUAGAGGUGGAAUUUAGGAAUGAUUAUGAAGAGCUUGCUCAGAAGUGCAAGACAUUUGCAAAGGACUUGUUGGCUCAGGCCAGGAACUCCCGAGAACUUGAAGUGAUUUUAAACCAUCAGUCCAGUGAUGAACCGCUGGACAAGAGAGGACUUCUGGAGGAACGGAUGAAUUUGAGUCGUUUAAAGCUGGCGAUCAAGUACAACCAAAAGGAGUUUGUAUCUCAAUCCAAUUGCCAACAGUUUCUCAACACAGUCUGGUUUGGGCAAAUGGCUGCCUACAGGCGGAAACAUACAUGCAAGAAGAUGUUGAUUGUUCUUUCUGUGGCGAUUUGUUGGCCAAUACUCUCCCUGUGCUAUCUGCUAGCACCUAAGUCACAAGUCGGGCGGAUUAUCCACACUCCCUUCAUGAAAUUCAUCAUACAUGGGGCAUCUUACUUUACAUUCCUGCUGCUUCUCAACCUAUAUUCUUUGGUCUACAAUGAGGAUAAGAAGAACACAAUGGGACCAGCCUUGGAGAAUAUAGACUAUCUGCUCAUUAUAUGGCUCAUAGGGAUGGUUUGGUCAGACGUGAAGCGUCUCUGGUAUGACGGCCUGGAAGAUUUUCUGGAGGAAUCUCGAAAUCAGCUCAGCUUUGUGAUGAAUUCCUUGUAUCUGGCAACUUUCACUCUUAAAAUAGUGGCUCAUAGCAAGUUUCACCGUAUUGCGGAAAGGAAGGACUGGGACGCUUGCCAUCCCACACUGGUGGCCGAGGGUCUUUUUGCUUUUAGCAAUGUGCUCAGUUACCUCCGUCUAUUUUUCAUGUACACGACCAGUUCUAUCCUGGGCCCUUUGCAGAUUUCUAUGGGUCAGAUGUUGCAAGAUUUUGGAAAAUUCUUGGGUAUGUUCCUGCUUGUGCUUUUCUCAUUCACAAUUGGACUGACACAGCUGUUUGGCAAAGGAUACCAAAACAAUGAACCGAAGGACUGCGUUGGGAUCUUCUGUGAGCGCCAGAGCAAUGACACUUUCCACUCGUUUAUUGGGACAUGCUAUGCUCUGUUCUGGUACAUCUUCUCCCUGGCGCACGUGGCUCUUUUUGUGACCAGAUUCAAUUACAAUGAGGAGCUCCAGUCUUUUGUGGGAGCAGUAAUUGUUGGCACAUACAACGUGGUGGUUGUGAUUGUCCUGACCAAGCUCCUCGUGGCCAUGCUGCACAAAAGCUUCCAGCUCAUAGCUAACCACGAAGAUAAAGAGUGGAAGUUUGCCCGGGCCAAGCUGUGGCUCAGCUACUUUGAUGAUAAAUGUACGCUCCCUCCACCCUUCAACAUUUUUCCUUCUCCCAAGACUGUUUGCUAUUUGUUCAACAGCAUGAGUAAAUGGAUUUGCUCUCAUACACCAUCAGGAAGGGUCAAGCGUCAGAACAGCCUGAAGGAAUGGAAGAGUCUCAGGCAGAAGAGAGAUGAGAACUACCAAAAGGUCAUGUGCUGCCUCGUACAUCGGUACUUGACUUCAAUGAGACAGAAGAUGCAAAGCACAGACCAGGCCACCGUGGAAAACCUAAACGAGCUCCGUCAGGAUCUUUCCAAAUUCCGGAAUGAAAUGAGAGAUCUUCUUGGCUUCAGGACCUCCAAAUAUGCAAUGUUCUAUCCAAGGAACUAAGACUGUCAAUGGACUGCUGACUCUUUUUUGUCUAGGAAUAUUUUAGUUCUGAAUUUUUCUGCAUUUGCUUGUGGCAGUAUUUCAUAGUCUCACACGUAAGGCUGGGGACACCUGUGUGUUUUAGUAGCUGUGCAUUUCUCCUGUUUAUAAAUGCCCAGAAGAAAGUUAGGAGAGUUUUCUUGGGCAUUUAUGGGUAUUUUAUAUCUACUUGGGGAAAUGUAUCUUUUAUACUUCAAUAGCUUUUUACAGCUUCUGUUUAACAUAUUGCAGCAUUUUAGGUUCAUUUCAUUGGGUCUGGGUUUCAGCAAUUAAUACAGUAAGUAGUCAUCAAACGAAGUGCUAAUGAGUCUAAGCCAUUCUGUAAACAUCUAGUUUGCUAGCAGAGUCCUGUCCCGAUGGACAGCCAUGAUUUGAAUUAACCGGAGACAUAAGCGUAUUUUUCUGACACAUACAAUUAUUGUAGCUUAUAAAAACACAAGUGUAACACCAGCCUCAAUGUUGGGCAUUUAAAUGAAUGAUUAUUGUUUUGUGCCAUUCAUUCCAUAUUCGUUACAAAAAUAUAUAAAACUAUUAAAAAUAUAAAUGUAAAAAACGUACAA